UCAUCUUCUUCUCCCGCAUCUUCACCUUAGCAGCAGACAUUGUUGUUUUUUUCUACAGAAAACAGGGAGGGGGCAACGUGUGAGACGUCGGCGGACACACUCGGACCAGACUAUCCACAGCUAGCUAGCCACGCUACGUCACUCCACGUUAAAGGGAACAUGGCUGCACUGAUCAGGAGGAUCAUCAGCACAGCCAGAGCUCCUGCUGCCAUCGGCCCGUACAGCCAGGCGGUGAUGGUGGAUCGGACAGUGUACAUCUCCGGCCAACUGGGGAUGGAUCCUGCCAGUGGACAGUUGGUGGAAGGUUGCGUUCAGGCUCAGACCAGACAGGCUCUUGUAAAUAUGGGUGAAAUCCUCAAAGCUGCUGGCUGUGGUUACAAGAAUGUCGUCAAAACCACUGUGCUCUUGGCCGACAUGAACGACUUCACCGACGUCAACGAUGUGUACAAGCAGUUCUUUAGCAGUAGCUAUCCUGCCAGAGCUGCCUACCAGGUCGCUGCUCUUCCCAGAGGUGGACUGGUCGAGAUUGAAGCAGUUGCUGUCUUGGGCCCUCUGACCGAUGUUUCCUAACGAGACCAAUUGUCAAAGAAUAAAAAGAAAACGGGAAAACCCAUGAUCAGUGGAGAGAGAAAAAAAUAUGUGCCUUGUUUGUGGACCAAGCAAUAAUUGAGAAAAAAACGUCAAUCCUGUAUAGCACUAAUCAUUUUCAUUAUAGAUGUAUCAUCUUUUGCACUAAUAGCAGUGAGGCCCAGAGCACUGAUGUUUUUCAUUUUAUUUAAAUGGACAUUUUUACUAUUUCCAUCUCAAUGCAACCGCUUGUUGAUAAUCACUGAAAACUUCCUUUGUGAUAUUUAAAAAAAAAAAAGAUCCAUCAUAAAUCUGUCUGUUGAUGACUGGUUAGGGAGUUCCUCAUAGACACCGUUUCAUGCAGUUGGCUUAAAAUUUAACCCAAUAAAACAACAUAUACUAAUGUACUGAGUAAAAGAAACAUCUCAUAACUCGUCGUAUACUGAGUAUACACUCUGAAGAAAUAUGGUUAAAUAAAAGAGAAGGCGAGGUAGCUUUAAUGCAAAGUAUUUAAGUAAGAGUCCAAGUCCAGUUAAAAAAGCACUUGUAUUAGUGAGUAAAACUUUAUUCUGUACACUAAAAGGUUAGCAGAAUCAUUGACAAAGCUCAGAGGAUGAAUACAUUUCAGAGGAAAGAAAACAGAUGAAGACAUCAGACAUCGAAACAGAUAUUUGUUCCCAUUGAGCACUUCACAUCUUGUGUAUUAAAAUUAUUUUCUAAGAUCUUGAAGAAGUAACAGAGGUUUACACGUCACGUCCACGAGGUGAUUUCUCACUGCGCCACAAAUUUAAAUUCACUCAAAGACAAACCAAUGUGCGCGAUACAUACGCCGUCAUUUUUCAGGAGGAGAAUUGUAUGAACAUCUGCCAGGUAAAGUACAAGCUGCACAAAGGGGCUUCAUGAAACAGCAAGAUGACAACUAUUGCAAUCCUUGGAUCAUGUACGUCCUCAACCUGGUAGUAAUUCAUCAUGUCAUUAGUAAUCCAAUCAUCUCUAUGUAUUUUUGUUUCCUUACACAACACCGUUUUUAUUCAUGAUUUGUAAACCAAUAAAGUGAUAUCAAAGAAG